AUGGUCAAGUAUGACAUUCCCACUUUGCUGGCACUCAGCCACAACGGACGGAUAGAUUUCAGCAAAUUUACUGAGCAGGCCGUUGGAAAUAACGUCCUUCGACAACGCAAAACCAGUACGAGUGUCUUGUCGGAGCAGCCAGUCAACCGGUCAAGGAAUGCCUCAAACUUGUCACGUCAGAGCGAACGAACUCUUUCAGUUCCAGAGCACGCUGUAAUUUAUCCCUCUCGGCAGCCAAGUGACCCUCCACAGAGCAUCCGCGCGCACGCCGAUGCCGGAUUUGUUCAGUUUCUAAAGGAGCAUACAUCCCCGAAGCACCAGCGUGUCACUGCUGGAGGCCGAAUCGUUCCAAUGGAACCACAGUCCCCUACCCCCAAGGCGAAGCAGCCAGUGCGCAACAUAAGUGCAACAGCCAGUGAUCAAAAGAUAUCUAAGCCUUCGUUGCGAGAUGACACUAAAAUCAAACGCGAAAAUAAACAUGUGCUGUUGCAAGAUAACAACGCAAGUGUUAAUAUUUCUAUAGCUGCACCGCAGCCUGCUGAAAGUCACGACAAUAUACGUACCAUACUGCCUCAAAGCGGUAGUGCAAUUGACCAGCACUUCUCAAACUAUGGACAAGCACCGACUCUUCUGUCUACGGCAGCUACCACAGGGCUGUUCUCCCAACCCAGUCUUCCAUGGGCCAUGAGUGACCUACCAAUGCCUCAAAUCGCCUUACCAGCCCCAGAAGUUAUACCAGCGGCCUCGGACUACCCUAUGUAUGCCUUUGGAGAUGGUCCAUUAUCGUGGGCUUCAAACAUCUAUCCUACCCUGGGUACUCAAGGCCCCGUAAUUCCUUCCAUGCCAGCAGUCCAGCCAUAUCCCACUGUUACCUCGACUUCUGACUUUUCCGCGGAAAGCAAUACAAGUAGCGGCAGGGCGACCUCAUUUCUUGGUCAGCUUCCACCUACCUAUGACUCUCUUUGCCCUUCUCUGGGACCUCAAUGGCAUCAAUAUGCAGGUGGACAAGUCCCAGCUCUUAAUCAGCCAAUGAUGGUUAGCACUCCUCAAACACCGACGUACCAGAAGUCUCUGGAAGAUGCUGCAAAGGAGCAUGAGUCUCUUACCAGUAAGCUAUCCGGUAUUGAUAGGUACAUGGCUGUGCACAGUUGGGAUCUCGACCCAAGUGCCAAAAAGAUUCUAGUUGAUCAGCGAAUGAGUUUGGUGAGAGAACUGGAUGCGGUUAGGAUAUACAGGGAACAUCUCGAAUGGGUUUCUGGAAGAUUGAACACAACGAUCCCAAUCAGGCAACAUCCCUCGAACGUCGCUUCAAUGUUUGUCGCCAGCGGCCUCACAGGUAGUCCAUCUCUAAUGGGACCUUCGCUGUGCACACCCAGCUCCGCUUCUGCGCUUCCAGCUUUUUCGAUGCUGCCACUAGCAAACGCCCUUUCGCAGUCGCUCUCCCUCAAUGAGACGGUUAACGCAUCAAUGCCACUACAUGCUGUAUCUGAUACCUACCCAUACAAUGCGACAAUCGGCUCAGCAGAGGUACGUCCAAACCAUAACUCAACCAAGGAUGCUAGCUUUUCGCAUGCCGCACGAGGAGUUGAGACACGGAUCGAACCCAAGAGGUCAGACAAACAAGUCCAGACACAUGGCGAGGCCAAAUCGAGAACUACUGACGGAACUGCUGGAUGGAAAACACCUACGAAGAUAACCGCUUUGGACGUUGAAAAGGUGCAUCAUCAAAUUGAGGAGGCCACUCGCCGAGGCGAACCUCUCGAUGGGCUUCUUCGGGAACUAUCAGCCGCUACUUCCCAAUUGAUUAAACAAAGGCGAGAUGAACUUCAUGAGCCGCGCGGGUUGCUGUCAGCCGUGCCUGCUAAGCACAACCGCAAGAAUCGCGCGGAAAGUGAGGCGGGUGCCGUCAAGGGACUAUCAGACAAGCAUGAAGCUCAUGCACCUCUGCUGCGACACUCAACCAAGGCCUGGAAGCCCGGGAAGGAGCUGCGAAGGCCUGGACUGCACAGCGCAAUGGGCCCAUACAUGAGUGCGAAAGAGAUGGAAGAGGGUGAUGACCGUCAAUCUAUAUCGUCGUAUGUGUCAACGACGGACUCAUGGGCUACCGUUCAUCAAGGAGAGCGUCGACGUGACAAGAAGCUACGGAAGAUCAAAGAAAAACGGGCGAAUCGAGAGAUGGUCGAAAGGUACAGACCCCGUGGUCCACUUGAGCAUCCCCAUGUAUCGAAUGAAGCCUUUUUACCAGGUCCUCAACGUUCUCGAGGGCAGAAUUUGGGCCAGCCAGGAGGACCACCGAUAUACAAGCCACGCAGCCCCCCAACGUUGGUAAACCCGACUGACCCGGCGAGGCAGACCAGCGUGGAGGAAAUGAGACAGCAGUAUCCCCAGCUUCUGACGCAGUAUUUUAACAAGGACCGUGGUCUAGCCUUUCAGAAAACGGCUGCCUUGGCUGUCUCGCAGAAUGUUAAUGCACAUGGGUUUCUGCCCCCUUUUGAAGGCGUAGGGAAUGCGCCCCAUAAGAACAGGAGUGCACCAACGGACAUGACCGAAGGUGGAAUGUAUCUAUUCAGCGGAAAGAUGUCAAGCUCCAAGCAGCAUGAGGGACCCGGACAAAGAGGCAAAGAGGCCCCUGGACCAGCCAAGCAAGCUGGAAAGCCGUGA